UACAGACGUAUUGUCCAAUCAGGUCUCUUGAAAUGAAAAGCGUGUAUUUGAUGCGACGAUGGUCCACAGCUGCUUGAAGAAGUGAACGUGAUCUCAAGAGGCAGGAUGGGUAGGAGUUACUUUGUAGAUGAAGCUGUGGAGGACUAUCUUGUUGGGAUUCAGACAGCUCCUGGAUCAUGUGUGACCGGACUCCUGGCCGGUCAAUCCUCUCCUCAGAGAGAUUUUGUGGUGCUGGCUGUGCAGACUCCUCACAGGGAGAGCGAGGGGCAGCCGAAGGCUUCGAGAGGGGUCAGCCCACUGGAUGACAUUGAUGUGGAGUGGGUCACAGAAUAUGCCAAGCAGACACUUCCAGCACGGAUCUUUGUCUCUGAUGAACAGUCAGAGCUGGAUGAGCGGAGCAGUGCUCUGGUUCAGGUGUGCAGGGGCUCUGUGAAGGUUCGAGGGGUGGUUCACUGCAGGGCCUACAUCCACAACAACAAACCCAAAGCCAGACACGCAGCACAGGCCAUUAAGAGAGACAUCAUAAACACGGUUUGCUCCAGAGUAGAGCUGUUUCUAGAGGAUCUUUUAAUAAAUGAAGGGAGUCACAAAGGUCUGUGCAGUGGGCAGCAGGCUCUUCCUCGGCGCGUGUUUGCACCAAUAUCCGGCCUGUCUGUGUGUGACUACAUGUUCCCAGAUGAAAGUACAGCAGAUGUGGCCGAGCGUCUGAAAGAGAUGAUGGACUGCAAAGCGCCAGAAGAGGACAUCGAUGCUAGUUUGGAGGGCAAACAAUUGUUUUACUAUGUUUCUGGAUCAGAGAUAAAUGAAAGCCCCAGUGAUGUUUCUAGUAAGCAUCUCUUCUCAGAAGUCCAAGCUGAAAAUCCUAACAAUCAGAAAGCCCAUCAAUAUUAUGCUGGUGUGGUCGUAACAACAGCCGUUGCUCUCCUUGCCACAGCCACAUCACUACUGUAUUUUAAUGAAUGACAAUGGAAAUAGUAACAGUUUGUGUGAGUGAGUGUAUGUGGAGUACUCCAUUAUGAUCAGUAGGUUUGGCUAUUUGAGUCUAGACAAAUCUUAAUGUUAUACUAUGUCUAUAAUGUCUCCAACAUUCACAGGCUGAUGCCCGCUGAUGCAUUCAUUCUGUAGCCAUUCUUUUAAAGUUAAAUGUUCAUCUAGAGACAAGCAUCAGUGAGGUCUGAUUUUGGGUGGUAAGCUUUGUUCAGACCGAUCCAUCCAUUUCUUUAUGGAAAUGGCUUUGUGUGGAUUUCACAAACUGUUGCCAUAAAGUUGUCUGCACACAAUUCUCCAGAAUGAAAUUGUCUAAUGUUGCAUUGAAGUUAGUGGAAUAGACAAAUCUGCUAAUUUGACAAGCAGUUCUCAUAUUUAUGGCCACAUAGUUUAGAUCAAUAUAUAUUUUAAACCUUUUAAUUGAGAAAUAAUAUACCAGUUAAAGUGCAAAUUACAAUAUUUUUUCCUAGUUUUCUUUGUUGGAAGACUGUUCACUGGUGGCAUGUUAUCAUUCAUGACACAUUAAUAACGGAUUAAUAGAAAUAUGUUAAAGGGGGGGUGAAAUGCUAUUUCAUGCAUACUGAGUUUUUUUACACUGUUAAAGAGUUGGAUUCCCAUGCUAAACAUGGACAAAGU